GCCUGGGCCGGGAGUCGAAGCCGGGUCCGCUGCAGCGAGGACGAAGCCUCUGCACAUGGGACGCCUGCCCUACCAACUGAGCUAAACGGCGCCCCAAGUUUUGCAAUUUUUGUUGUAAAAAAAAAGUAAAAAAAAUCUUUGGCCUGUAAUGAUAACCCAGGUCAGCGGUAACAAGGAAGGGUGAUGUUACACCAGUGCUGCCAUAAGACUUGAUGAUCUUGCUUGUAAAGUGUUAUUUAUUAGCAUGAACAGUCUCCACACUUCUACAGUUCCACCCUUCUGGCCUGUUGGCACCUUUGCUUCCUCUUUUUCAUGACUCACUUGCCUCACCAGUGUGCAGCUCCUCGUGAGAGACGAUACUGUCUCAGACUUGUGAAUGUCUCACAAGCUCUUGAGUAUACAGCAUUUAGGAAUUCUGCAUUCAGAUGUCUAAAAACAUCAACACCUUUCUUACACUUUCCUUAUAUUGAUACCAGCUUAAGGAGAAUAUAAAAAGUCAUAAACUCAAUGAGUCAGAAAAUGGACGCUUCUGUAUAAUGACCCAUCUUCUGAUUCUUUCCUCAGUACAGCCCCAUGCAUUUUGGCAGAUUCAUCCAUGAUGCUCAGUAACAGUCCUCUUGUCCCCUUGAAAAAAAAUAAAUACAUGUGUCUGUGGAAUACUUGUUAUGUCCUCCGUACAACAACACUUCCCCUUUUCGUGUCAUGUUAUAAUGGAUAGAUGGAUAGAUAGAUGAAGCUGCUGUAACCUGAACCAUUUCACAUUAUUACAUUUAAAUUUGACUGCUGUUUGUCUGCUGUUAACAGAUUUUGCUUUUCUCUAGCACACAAACUAGUGCAGCAAGAAUAUGGGUAAAAAAAAAUGAACUUGAACCAUAUGGUAAUUUAUACAUACUGCACAGUCAAACACAUUUCUAAAAAGGACACAAUAUCAGUAUUUAAAAAACAACAUAAUGAAACUAUGGAAGGUGCAAGAUAAAACCAGCAAACUAAUGAAAAGCUCAAUGAAUCUGAAACUAGUCCACAAAGCUAUCUGUUGUGUAUAAUUGCUGUUUUUUUUUUUGUUUGUUUUUUUCUUUUGUGUUUCAAAUAACGGCUUAUGUGCUGUGUGUGUGAGCUGAAUGGUUGUUGCAGUGCUUAGUGGGUCAACGCUAGGCGCUGGCUGUGAGGACCCCGUGAUCUGAUAUUUAUAGUGGGGGAGAUAUAAAUAGCUGCAGCAUGUGUGGGUACAGAGAGGCACACUGACGGCUGUUGUAAAAACCACCGAAGGCACACAGCCAUUUGACUGAAGAGCAGCCACCUUCUGCGCACAAAACCCCGCCUGGACUGACAGAUGAACACAGAGACAGAGGAUGACUUUUAUCAAUCGGAGGACGACUUGGAUGAAGACGAGGCAACGCAAUAUAUCAUUGAACAAAGUCUGAUUCAAUAUAGAAAGCUCAAAGGAUUGAAUCCAAGCGAUCUGAAACUCUGCGACGACCCUGAUGAGAUUUUCAAAGCAAUCAAGGAGGGUGACGAGGAUGCACUCAACAAGAUGGUCAUGCAUCCAGAGUCUGUGUCCAGAGUUGAUGAACGAGGAUGGAUCCCGUUGCACGAGGCUGCAGCGCACCAGAAUAAGAAAAUACUCGAGAUUAUCUUCUCAGCAUCACCCCCUGGUGCGUCCCAGUGUCGAACCCUAAAGGGCGAGACACCGUUGUUUCUGGCUGUGGUUCAUGGAUUCAGAGAGAACGCCACAUUCCUGUUACAGAACGGCUGCAGCCCGAAUCUCCAGAAUGAUGAGCAGGACUCUCCGUUAGUGGCAGCUAUUCUGAAUGACCAGUACGACUUGGCCACGCUAUUGCUCCGCUAUAACGCCAAAAUAGACCAAACAGGCCCGCUGGACCGAACGGCCCUACACGAGUCUGCCUUUUUAGGCCUGGAGAACUUUGUGUAUCUGCUCCUGGAGUCCGGUGCCAACCCGAAUGCGUGUGACAUCAAGAAGAAAACUCCACUGGCUCUGGCUGCACAAAAUGGACAUCUGAAUGUGGCAGAGGUCCUGUUACAAAAGGGAGCCAGUGUGUGCUGUGAAUCAGAGUCAGGCACAAUCCUGUUUGAAGCAGCAGCAUCAGGAAACCCCGACAUAAUCUCCCUGCUGCUGGAACACGGAGCAGAUCCCAACCGGCCUCUUUACAGUGGGCACCUGCCGAUUCACCGUGUGGCCUACCAUGGGCACAUACUGGCUCUGGAGCGCCUGAUCCCGGUGACAAAACUGGAUGCUGUGAAGGAAAGUGGAAUGAGCCCUCUCCACUCUGCAGCCGCCGGUGGACACGCUCAUUGCGUGGAGAUGCUGCUCAAAGCCGGCUACGAUCCAAACUUCAUGCUGCACCCGAGGGUGCGCCGCAACUACGAUGACGAGCGCAAGUCGGCCCUCUUCUUCGCUGUGUCCAACAACGAUCUCCAGUGCACCCGCUUGCUGUUAGAGGCUGGGGCAAUGGUGAACCAGGACCCAAUCAACUGUUUGCAGGUGGCUCUUAGACAGGGCAACUAUGAGCUGAUCAACACACUGCUGAAGUCCGGGGCAAAUGUAAACUACUACUCCCGCGUCAACAGCACUCACUUCCCAUCAGCGCUGCAGUACGCCUUGAAAGACGAGGUGAUGCUGAGAAUGAUACUCAACCAUGGAUAUGAUGUUAAGCGCUGCUUUGACUGUCCUUAUGGGGACAAUUCCCAUGACUACGCUCCCUGGACGACUUCAGUCAUCAAAGACAUGGUGUUCUGUGAGGUGAUAACAGUGGCCUGGCUGAAGCACUUAUCCGCUCAGGUGGUUCGCAUCAUGCUCGACUACACCGACCACGUCUCCUUCUGCACCAAACUUAAGGAAACCUUGAUGGAGCAGAAACAGUGGCCGGAGAUCUGCCAGAUUCAAAGAAAUGCACGGAGUCUGAAGCACCUGUGUCGGCUGCAGAUAAGGGAUCAUCUCAGUCGUCUGCGCUUGAGGUCCCCGGUUUUUAUCAACUUCCUUCCUCUACCUCCCAGGCUGAAAGAUUACCUACGCUACAAGGAGUUUGAUGUCUACGGCAGAGGCAGCAACGUUAACCCACUGUGAAAACCCAGGCAGUUAUCACAGAUGCCCCUGUCACAGAGGGGCAUCAACUGUCAGUACUAUUACGAUCCAGUAGUGCCCUGAUAUUGUGUGUUUUGAAAAGUAAUGUUUCAUUAUCUUUAUGCCUUGUAAUAUUAUUCAUACAAAACUGUGUCUUCUUUUCAGCUCUUAAUUUGAAUGUUUACAGUGACAUGGUGUUGCCUUGUGUAAAGAUUUGCUGUUUGUUUUUGUUUUGUUUUUUGCAAAUGGGUCCUUACAAAACAUUUUGACAAAACUGCAAAUAAUGUAUUCUUAGUAUUACAACAUCAUUUCACACCCAGACUUGGAUUUUCCAAUGUGAAUACAGAAAUGUGCAGUAAAGCAUAAAAGCUGGUAUCCAAUUAAAACUCAUACAACGUGA